AUGGCAAAACCAAAUACAAAACACAGAGUUUGUUCUCGGGAAUCUUCAGUAUCUUCUCUGUUAGCAAGCUGCAGCCUCAGUGGUAGUAACUUCUCUAAUCCUGAUAUCUCUGUUCAGUAUAAGGAUAAACUGUACAGUUCUGCAUCUCAGGCUCUACAGGCCUAUAUUGAUGAUUUUGAUCGAAGCCAGAUGUAUCCUGGUGUAAGCACUGGAAAGAUUAACAUUGAUAAAUGUCCUGCUAAUAUGCCAGAAUUCUCCAACUAUAUUUAUCAACCAAACCGUGCUUUUGAAAAGUUUUAUCACAAAGAAGGCUCCUUGUCCUUAUCUUCUAGAAGACGGACUAUUAAUGACAUAGAUUCCAUUAGCCUAACAACUGAUGAUCUGUUAAGACUUCCAGCAGAUGGAUCAUUUCCUUUUACUUGUGUUGGACCAGGUCAUCAAAUUACCAAGAAAACCAAGAAAUGCAUUGGAAGACUGAGUUUAUCGGACACUGAAAAGAAUCAAAAUUUUCAAGAACCCUGCAUUGCCAGAAGCAAGGAUUACUUAGUUACUCCUGUUGUACAUACAAAUAUAAAUGGAAAGCAGUGUCAUAAGCUAAAAAACUUAAAACUUGUGAAUAAGACGACUAAAUGCAUUUCUGAUCCAUCUUUUUUUAAGAAAUCAUCUUUCAAGGACAGUUCAGAACAAGAUCUUGAAAAGAAUUACCCACGAUGGCUCACUGGCCAUAAAUCUGACCUUAAUGUUUCAGGGAUAACUAGUAUACCUGAUUUCAAAUAUCCAGUCUGGCUCCACAAUCAUGACUUGCUGCUACCUGACACAAAUAGUCAAAGUACUUAUAAAGUAUUUAAAAACGAGCAGUGUUCCCCAAGACAUAGUUAUCAGGCACAAAGAACUUCUCGACCUAUGAAUAAAUUAGAUUGUUUUGAAUAUUCUUAUGAACCUUCAAAUAUUUCAGAUUUCUUGAGUAGUGAUCAAGAAUUUGGUAAUGAAUAUAAAUGUGAUUCUGAGCAUAGCCAAUGUCAAUGUGAGAAUCCACUUCCAGGACAAUCCAAAAAGCCAUUCAAUGGUGACAAAAUUGAAUUACUUAUCCUGAAGGCCAAGAAAAAUCUAGAGCAUUGUACUAAGUUACCGAAGUCUAUGAAACAGGAUGAUAGUCCUUGUUCAUUGGAUAAACUGGAAGCAGAAAGAUCGUGGGAAAAUGUUCCUGUUACUUUUAAGUCUCCUGUUCCUAUUAACUCUGAUGACAGUCCUCAACAAGCUUCAAGGACAAAAUAUGCUAAAAGUUUCUUAGAGGACAUUUUAAAUGAUGAUGAUCAGAGCUAUACUUUGUCUGGAGGAAAACAUCAUGGUCCUGUUGAAGCUCUGAAACAAAUGUUGUUUAAUCUUCAAGCCGUACAAGAAAGUUUUAAUCAGAAUAAAACUAUGGAGCCAAAAGGAGAGCUUAAACAAGUUUCAGAUGAUGAUUUCUCUAAAUCACAAUCGAAGGAAGGUAUAGUUCCUAUUACUAAGUCACUUCAAAAGGCUUUGCACCAUUUAUCUCGCCUGAGGGACCUGGUUGAUGAUACCAGUGGGAAACAGUCACCGAAAAUGUGA